AUGCCCGGUGAUGCCAAUGAUCGACAGCUUGUAGAUUAUUUCUGUGCCGAGACAUUCGACGAUGUUUGUUGUUAUUUCAGUCCCUCCUUCUGGAUGGAAGUGGUACUUCCCUUUAGCUACAAUGAGCCAGUAGUUCGAUACGCUACCACAGCUCUCAGUGCCUUCCACAAGGAAUACGUUGUAUCGGUCGGAAAUCCUGCUGCGCUCGGCGACCUGUCACGAGGUUCCUUCACUUAUCAAUACAGCCGAGCGAUUCAGUCUUUACAGGCAUUCAUGACGAACAAGACCAAACCAUCCAAUCGAAUGGUGCUGGUUUGCUGCGUCAUAUUUUACUGUAUCGAGGUUUCUCGGGAACAGUUUGUCAACGCCGAACGGCAUGCAAAGGCUGGUUGUCAGGUCCUGAGAGAGUGGCGGAAAAACUUGUACAAAGAGCCGUCUUCUAACUUGAAUUCUGGUCCGUUGCAUGAUAUAAUCUCUUUCGAGGAAGUUUUUGGGGGCUUAGAUGCGCUAUUUAGCAACGCUCAUGACGAAAAGCCAUAUCUAGUACUGACUUCGACUGACGUCCGAGAAGGUCGUAUGUCUCAUAUUCCACAAGCUUUUGAGGGGGUGGAACAUGUACGAACUAUCUAUAAUUAUCUGGAGAACUGGGUUUCGCACUUUAUGUUUUCAAGUUUACCAUAUCUACAUAGUCAUCCAGAUGACAUACCGCCCCCUCUGUUACGCGAGCACUCGGUUUUAAGAGCCGAGCUUGAUCGAUGGGAUCGGCCUUUUGCUGUGGUGUUACAAGCACAGGAACCAAAUAUCGCCUCAAUGGGAAGUGGUCAGUCAAGGGCACUCAUUCGCAAAAUACUAUGGCUAGCGAUGAGGACCAAGUUUCAAGUCAUGACAGCACACUUUACCUAUGGGACUCCCUGGCUCAACAUGGAUAGUGAUUUUGCAGAAAUAUUAACAGCUGCGGAAUCGCUUACCGCAGGACUUAUAUUGCAAUCGCCCGGGAAGCAGAAACUGAGAUCCUUCCUGCUUCGGAUAGGCUACUCUUCUACUUUAUAUAUCGUUGCGGUCCUUUGUACCGACGAUCUCAUCAGGAGGCGGGCCAUAUUUCUCUUGGAAAGCUGGGACGGUGCCCAAGCUGGCGAUGCACUCCGCAGAGCAUUCACAGAAGCUCGUCCAGUCAACGAUGGCUCUCCUAUGACAGCUGCUCAAAUCGAGCAAUACCGCAAACUCGCGUUUGCCGCUGCAAAUAGUUCCUACCUCGGAGUAUUUGUUCCAGCAAACUUUUCAGACAAGGCGACUGCAUUUGGUCUUUAUGCUCCUCAAGCACGGAAAAGCAAGUGGGUUGUGAAUUUUCCUCAAGGUUAUGGCACUGGAAGGAAUAGGCAUAAUCAUCUGAACUAUAGGGCUGGACUGCUCUGUGAGUGGUAUCAAGAACCUACCGGGCAAUAUGGCACUGGUUCUCGCUACGGCUCGAAUCCAGAAAAUUUCUAUACAUUUCCUGUAAAGCCUGUGCAGUCUUCGGAAUCUAGCACAGGGUCUGAGAAAGAUGCGGAUACGCGCGACGUCUUCCGAGAGCACCUAGAUGAGGGGAAUAGUCAGGCGGUUGGGGGUGAAAAGGGUAAAGCUAAAUUCCGGCCGGGUCGGAAGUGGAUAUACAUAGAUGGCAAUGCUAGACGAUCUACGCAUCCAGGUACCAGAACUGCAGUUAAAGAUGCCAGUGAUCCUGCUUCAACUUUUAGCCGAAGGACAACUGAGUUACAGAUCAAAGUCCCCGGCACCGAACGAGAGCGUUUCCUGUUUAACUACUUUAUCUUGGAAUCUAUCCCUGAUCUUUGUGGCUACUCGCAUAUGGACUUUUGGUACAGAUCAGUACCGCUCUAUAGCCAGUCGGAACCAGCCAUUCGUUAUGCAGUUCUUUCAUUGGCAGCGUUCCAUCAGGAACACAUAGCCACGCAGGACAUGUCGCCCACCGAGCUGAAGCAUAAGCCGAGCACGCUGAUUGCGUACAGCAAAGCGUUACAGCACGGCCAGGAGUACCUGUCAAGCCCGAAUCCUAACGAUGAGGUGGUUCUAAUGUGCUGCCUCCUUUUUUAUAUGAUCGAAAAUGCGAGAGGCGAUUUCAACAUAGCUACUCGACAUGCCUUAGCUGGACUGGCAAUCUUGAAGAAAUUUGGAGCAAGGCCAAAAUCAAAAGUCAACUUAAUGAAUGGACCUCUAGACGACAUAAACGAUGCAUUAGUCAGUCAUUUUGCGACUUUAGAUGGUCGAUUUAGUUUUGGUUCGAAUUAUGGUCGACCGGGCUUGACUUUGGUCACAAAGAGCGAAAGAAAAGGCCUCACACCAAUCGUGCCUAGGGAAUAUCACAGCAUGACAGAAAUUUCUGCUGUUGGGUUGAAGCUAACAAAUUGGGCGUUUUGCAUUCUCAAUUCUGUUAUUCGGGAACACGAGUUCGAGACGAUGGAUUCGAUUACACCAGAACUUCUCCGGGAGAUCGGGACUCUCGUACGAGAACAGAACCACUCUGCGAUUGCUCUUCAAAAGUUCGCUGACCUCCGGAAUUCGUCGAAGAAAACCUCAUGGAACGAAAUAUCUCAAAUCCUAAACCACCAAAUCCUGCACCACACCACAGCCUCGAUUUUUAGCGGCGCUCUCGCAUCCGCAACAUCCAGCACACCAAUCACGAACAUGCUCAAUCAUUUGCAAACCAUUCUCUAUUCAUCCGAAACGCUGCAAAAGGGACUCUUGUCAAACGAGCCCGAUAGACGCUCAUUCCUGUGUCUUCGAGGUAUUAUAUCCUCGUUGGUGAUAGUAGCAGUGGAAUGUGAAGACGCAGAGAUACGUAGGAGGAGUAUACAUUUAUUGAGGAAUUGGCCUAUUAGAGAGGGCUUGAUAGAUGGAAACAAAGCUGCGGAUGCUAUUGAAAGGAGGGCGGCGAUGGAGGCUGCUAGCGCAAAGAAGGGGAAUCUGCCGGUGGCGGGGAGGAAAAUGCAUUUUGGGAAAGCGUCGGCGGUUGUUGGUGAAGUUGUUAGGUUGAGCAUCGUUGUUAGGAGUUGA